AUGGCUUCGACGGUGGUUCCGGCGGUGCAGACGCAGGGGGCUGUCACUGCGACGGAGACACCACCGGUGACGCCUCAGACAACUGCGGUUGCGGCUCCGGGAGGAGGUUUCGCCAAUGCGUCGUUGUAUGUUGGCGAUCUCGAGUUGAAUGUGAACGAAGAGCAACUGUGCGAUCUAUUCAACCAGGUGGCGCAAGUGGUGUCGGUUAGGGUUUGUAGGGAUCAGACCAGGCACUCCUCGCUCGGUUACGCUUAUGUGAAUUUCAGUACUCCGCAGGAUGCUUCUAAUGCGAGGGAGAUUUUGAACUUCACACCCAUCAAUGGGAAACCUAUCAGGAUUAUGUUCUGUCAUCGAGAUCCUAGUAUGAGAAAGAGUGGUUAUGCUAAUAUAUUCAUCAAGAACUUGGAUACAUCAAUCGAUAACAAGGCAUUAUAUGAUACUUUUGCUGCCUUUGGGACUGUGCUUUCUUGCAAGGUGGCUGUUGACAACAAAGGUCUAUCUAAAGGAUAUGGUUUUGUACAGUUUGAACAUGACGAAGCUGCGCAAAAUGCAAUCAAACGAUUAAAUGGAAUGUUGAUAAACGAUAAACAAGUUUAUGUUGGUCUUUUUGUUCGUCAACAAGAAAGGAACCACACAAAUGGAUCACCAACAUUUACUAAUGUAUAUGUGAAAAAUAUUUGUGAGACUACAACUGGUGAGGACCUUGAGAAAAUUUUUGGCAAGUAUGGUCCCAUCACUAGUGCAGUUGUUAUGAAAGAUGCAAAUGGGAUGUCCAGAUGUUUUGGAUUUGUGAACUUUAAGAGCCCAAACGAUGCUGCCUCUGCUGUUGAGAACUUAAAUGGGACCUCCUUCGGUGGUGAGAAGGUUUUGUAUGUCGGAAAGGCUCAAAGGAAGUUUGAAAGGGAGGCAGAAUUGAAAGCUAUAUUUGAACAAGAAAGACAAAGUAGAUUCGAAAAGUUGCAAGGUGCUAAUUUAUACAUGAAAAAUCUUGAUGACAGCAUAAAUGAUGAAAAGUUGAAGGACUUGUUCUCAGAGUUUGGAAACAUAACAUCAUGCAAGGUCAUGGUUGGUCUGCAUGGGGUGAGCAAGGGCGCAGGUUUUGUGGCCUUUUCUAGCCCAGAGGAAGCUACAAGAGCUAUGAAUGAAAUGAAUGGGAAGAUGAUUGGCCACAAACCUUUAUAUGUUGCUGUGGCCCAGCGCAAAGAAGAAAGAAGGGCUCGACUGCAGGCACGCUUUUCUCAACUACGAGCGCCAGGUGGAAUGUCACCUUUGCCUGCAGGAAUGCCUGGAUUUCAUCCUGGGGCACCCAGGCUUGCCCCUCAGCAGCUGUAUCUUGGUCAAGGUCCUCCUGGGUUGAUACCCCCUCAGCCUGCUGGGUAUGGCUUCCAGCAGCAACUCUUGCCUGGAAUGCACCCAGGUGUUGCCCCAAGCUUCAUCAUGCAAUAUCAACUUCAAAGACAAGGACAACCUGGACAGCGAUUGGGUUUGAGGAGGGGUGGAAACCACCCUCAACAGAUGCAGCAGCAUCAGUUGAUGCGCAACUCCAAUCAAAGGUUCAGCCGAUUCAUGGCCAGUGGAAGAAAUGGCAUGGAUGCAUCUAUGCCUCAAGUUCCAAUGGGUCCAAUGAUGCCAUUGCCUUUUGAUGUUUCUUCAAUGCCAGCAACUCCAUCUGAUAUCCAUCGUUCUGGACCAUUGCCCAUGUCAACACUUGCUUCUGCUUUGGCUUCUGCAACUCCAGAAAAUCAGCGCAUGAUGUUGGGGGAACAGCUAUAUCCGCUCGUGGAACGGUUAGAGCAUGAUCAUGCAAGGAAAGUGACCGGUAUGUUGCUGGAGAUGGACCAAACGGAGGUGCUUCAUCUCAUUGAAUCUCCGGAUGCUUUGAAGAAGAAAGUUUCUGAGGCUAUGGAUGUACUUCAGUUAGCAUCAUCAGGUUCUGAUGUUGGCGAUCACCUUGCCCCUUUUGUGUCUUAAUGAAUGCGGCAAUUGGUAGAUCCUUAUGUGUCUCUGUGGGCCCAUUUUUUGCUGGCCUUGAUGACCUUUGAAUGUGUUUGGGGUAUUCUUCUGUCCUAGUUUUUUUGUGGGGUUAUAUUUGGCAAGUCGAUAAUUAAAAUUUUUGUAGGCAGGGAUUUCAAAGACAA